CAGGGGUGGACUGACCAUUUGGAAACUUGGGCACUGCUCGAGGGCCUGGGGUCAGUAGGGGGCCCCAUGAGAUGCCCCUGGUAUCUUUUUCAUAGGUUUUUUGAGUUUGGGCAAGGACACAGGGGCCCCAUGAUUCCCUAUUGCCCGGGGGGACCCCAUGAGUUGUCAGUCCGCCCCUGGUUGGACCUAACCCAUAGUAAGCCAGCACAUUUUAGAAAGUGGUUGAAUUCUUGAAGGCCCAGGGGUAAGUAGGGGGCCCCAUGAGAUGCCCCUGGAACCUUUUUCAUAGGCUUUUUUGAGUUUGAGCAAGGACACAGGGGCCCCAUGAUCCCCUAUUGCCCGGGGGCCCCAU